AAAGAGGAACUAUAUGUUUUUGCGUAUAUUUUGUUUAUCGCAAAAAGGAUAGAAAGUUUGACAAACGUUUCCAAUGUGGCAUCGAGAAAUUUCUUGCUUGUCUUUUGUUAGUUUGAGUUAAUUAAUAAAAAUAUUAUAUUUUUUAUUAUUACGUAACAGUAAGUUUGAACAUAAUUUAUAUUCAAUGAAAACACGAUGUUACAGAGCGAUGGUUAUUUUUGCCAGAUUCGUUCGUUUUAAGCAAAACCGUGUCGAAUGAGCAUGAUUAUAUUUAUAUUUGAGAUGAAUAUAUGAACAGGAUUUAAAUAAGUAGAGCUGUUAUAUUUAAAUAAUAGAGAGCAUAUUUAUUUUUUUAUAAUUGACACGACAUACCAAAGAAAGAAUACAAAAUGGAUAAACAAUGUUCUCCAGAAGAAAUUGAAAAAAAGCGUUUACAAGCACUGCAGAGAAGACAACAAGCUCAAUUGAAAGCCCAAAAUGUAUCUGCUAAUAGUCCAGCUACUCCAGCUCAUCAACAAGCUCAAUUGAAGAUUCAAAAUGCUCCUACAAAUACACAGACUCAUCAACAGACAAUAUUAAGUGACAGCAGUAAUGUUGUCCGACCAAACAAAUCAAACUAUCGUUUUAAUCCUAUAGUAUCCAAAAAUUUUUUCAGUAAAAUAUUGUCAGUAUCAGGAAAAUGUUACAUGAUCAGCGAGGAUAGAUUUGCAUUAGAAGUGCCAUUUGUACCUGCAAUUAUUGAAACAUUUAAAACAGUUCCAAGUAGAAUAUAUGAUCCAAAAUCUAAAAUAUGGAAUUUCCACAUUAACGAUUAUAACAGCUUAUUACAAAAAUUGGCACAGACUAAGGACUUGAGAAUAUUCGUAACAAAGAUACCAGAAGCUGUUCUUCAGGUAUUUAAAAAAAAUUUAAAGUCAAACAAUAAAACAAUAUAUCAAGAACAAGAUUUAUCAAAGAUUGAUGAACAGUUAGUAACUACUUUAAUGCCAUUUCAACAAGAAGGUGUUUGCUAUGGUAUAUUGAAGAAUGGCCGUUGCAUGAUUGCAGAUGAUAUGGGUUUAGGGAAAACUAUACAAGCAUUAGGUAUAGCGCACUAUUUUAAGGAAAGUUGGCCGCUUCUAAUUGUAGCGCCUUCAUCAGUCAAGUAUCAGUGGUCUUCAGCAAUUUAUGAAUUUUUACCAACCGUACCUACACAUUACAUUCAUCAUUUUGCAAAUACAAAAGACCGCAUUGACGAUGAUAAAAUUACCAUAAUAUCGUAUGAUUUGUUAGUGCGAGCUAAGGAUAUUUUUGCAAAACAUAUUUAUGGAUUUGUUAUUUUGGACGAGUCUCACUCUUUGAAGAGCAGAUCGACCGCGAGAUUUCAAGCUGUUCAACAAAUAUGUUCUUAUGCGCGCCAUGUUGUACUGCUCACUGGUACUCCGGCUCUUUCGAGACCAAGCGAAUUGUAUUCCCAAAUUUCUCUUAUUAUGCCACAUUUUAUGAGUUAUGAAGAUUAUGGUGAACGAUAUUGUGGAGGGGAGAGGUCUGUGUAUAGUGGAGAGUUUACAGGUUCCUCAAAUAUGCAAGAGUUACAGAUAUUGCUGAAGACCUAUUGCAUGAUACGAAGACUAAAAGCUGACGUUUUACAUCAGAUGCCAUCUAAGAUAAGGCAGUUAAUUAUUUUAGAUUCAGCCUUAAUUAAGGCUGGCACCAAACAAAUGAAUGAGAUGUCGAAAAAAAUGGAGAAAACUAUGGCGGCUUCCGAGAGGCAUAAUGCUCUAUUGCAAUAUUACACAGAGUCAAGCUACGCAAGACUGAAGGCAGUCUGCAAUUACGUUUCGAAUUUAUUUGAAAGCAAGAAAAAAUGCCUUUUGUAUGCUCAUCAUCAAGUUGUUUUGGAUAGUAUUUGCAAUCUUGCUGAAGAUAUGAAUAUACGGUACGUAAGAAUUGACGGUAGAACUACCCCAGAGCAAAGAAAAUUCCAGGUCGACCAAUUUCAGGAACGGGACGAUUGUUUGGCAGCGAUUCUGUCAAUUACCGCUGUGAACGCGGGCGUUACGUUAACGGCCGCGAAUCUUGUAGUCUUCACCGAAUUAUUCUGGAAUCCCGGUAUUUUGCUUCAGGCAGAAGACAGAGUGCACAGAAUCGGGCAAAACGACACCGUGACAAUCCAGUACUUGGUGGCACAGAACACUGCAGAUGAUCACAUAUGGUCAUUGAUCAAAAAGAAGAUAAGAAUCCUGAAAGAAGGCGGUCUCAAUCAAGAUUUUUCAAUAGAUGACAUCGACAUCAUAAAGAAGGACGAUAACAAGCAAAGAAACUUGGCUUCUUUUCUGAACAUUUCUUCAUCCUCUGAGAAAGGAUCUCAAUCGCAGCAUGAUGAGGAAUGUGCAACUCCAGGAACGUCUACUUCAAACGAUAUCAAAGAGUUGCUAGACACGGACGAGGAAUGCUUUGAUUCUUGUGAUUGGGACAACAUUAUAUGAUUGUACGAUGUUUUCUCACUUUUGCAAUAACUUUUUUCCUUUCUUGCUAAGUUAAGAAGUAUUUUUUGUACGAAAAAAGAUUAAAAAAUUCUAUGUUACAUCAGA